AUGGCCCUCCACUCAUUGACGGGGACGGGAUCUGUUCCUGCCCACGCACAAUCCUCCUUGCCUUCACUUCCCGCCCAUCUUCAAUCGGACACCCACCUUACGGCCCAUCUGGCAAGCAGAUUCCAUGUAUCCCUUCCGACGGCACGGCUAUCGUCUCAAGGAUUGAUAUGCCUGAAUACGUACACUUCUUCCACCCGCGGUCCGGAUGGACAAAGGGAAGGAAGCGCAAUGGGGGAAGCAGACGAUCUGGCUAGGCGUGCUUGGGCCCGCCUGGGAGGGAGAGGAGAAAACCAAGCUGUCAUCUUCCUCGGAGAAACUGGUUCCGGGAAGACAACCGUUCGCUCCCAUCUUCUUUCUUCCUUCUUGUCAUUAUCAUCCACACCCCUUUCAGCAAAGCUCUCGCUCGCUGCCUUCGUUUUCGAUACUUUGACAACUACAAAAUCAGUUACUACCCCGACUGCGUCCAAAGCGGGUCUGUUUUUCGAGCUUCAGUAUGAUGCCUCGUCAACCCUCAACCCGACCUUAAUUGGUGGCAAGCUUUUGGAUCACCGGCUAGAAAGAAGCCGUAUCGCGUCCGUUCCUACCGGUGAACGAAGCUUCCAUGUGCUAUAUUAUCUCCUUGCAGGAACCAGUGCAGCUGAAAAGGCGCAUCUUGGUUUGGACAGUUCAGUCGAUAUCCGCACCGGUGGAAACACCGGCAACCAUUCAUCUGGCACAAUUUCUCAUAAGAGAUGGCGGUACCUCGGCCAUCCCACGCAACUGAAGGUCGGGAUUAACGACACCGAGGGCUUCCAACAAUUCAAAAAUGCGCUCCGCAAAUUGGAGUUCCCCAGGAGCGAAAUAGCUGAGAUCUGUCAGAUACUUGCAUGCAUAUUACAUAUCGGACAGCUGGAAUUUACUACUGGCCAAUCAACGACAACGGGCCCAGAGGAGAGCGGUGGAUACUCACAUGAAGGCGGUGAAACUGUUACUAUUGUCAAAAAUAAGGACGCUUUAGCAAUUAUCGCUGCGUUCCUCGGACUCAGCGUGGAUGAUCUCGAGACAAGCCUUGGCUAUAAAACGAAAACCAUUCAUCGGGAACGUGUAACUGUUAUGCUUGAUCCUAAAGGAGCGCGGAGUAAUGCUGAUGACCUCGCCCGGACCCUGUACGCUCUUCUGGUUGCCUAUGUAAUCGAAAACAUCAACCAGCGCGUAUGUGCUGCCGAGGAUGCGGUGGCCAACACCAUUUCGAUCAUCGACUUCCCCGGUUUUUCUCAAACGUCCGCAACGGGCUCAACAUUGGACCAGCUCUUGAAUAACGCCGCUACUGAAUCGCUUUAUAACUACUGCUUGCGAAACUUCUUCGACCACAAGGCGGAAAUCCUCGAAGCGGAGGAAGUUAGCGUCCCUCCGACUAGCUAUUUUGAUAACUCUGAUGCUGUCAAAGCCUUGCUGAAACAGGGCAACGGAAUCCUGACGAUCCUGGAUGACCAGACGAAGCGCGGACGAUCCGAUAUGCAAUUACUUGAGAGCUUGAGAAAGCGAUUUGCAAACAAAAAUCCGGCCAUUUCUGUCGGGAGCUCUACGGCUACUCUUCCUGGCAGCAACUUCGCUUCAAAAAAUGAAGCUGCUACUUUUACAGUUAGGCAUUUUGCGGGGGAGGUCGAUUAUCCUGUCCAGGGAUUAGUUGAGGAAAACAGCGACUUGGUUUCUGGCGAUUUAAUGAACCUCAUCACUUCCUCCAGGAGCGCGUUCGUGCGCGAUCUUUUCGGUCAAGAAGCACUCCAAACUAUCCGCCACCCUAAAGAAAAGUCGGCUAUUAUGCAAGCCCAAGUCAGUUCGAAACCUCUUAGAAUGCCAAGUAUGGCAAGACGCAAAAUGGAUAGACCUCCCCGACUUACUGCUCGCGCAACUCAGGCGGAUAAGGAUAUUGACGACGAUACUGGGGCCAGUUUGACCUCAGUUCCAGGCUCUAAAAAGCGCAAGCAGGGAGAUUCCACAAAUGGACCUGGUCAGAGUGCUGCUGCUCAAUUUCUUGUAUCAUUGGACAAUAUCAAUAAGUCUUUGGCUGCAGACAAUGUCAAUUCCUACUUUGUUUUCUGCCUGAAACCCAACGAUCGUCGAAUCGCGAAUCAAUUCGAUAGCAAAUGCGUGCGAUCGCAGGUUCAAACCUUCGGGAUUGCAGAGAUCAGUCAGCGGCUUCGAAAUGCAGAUUUUAGCGUGUUUCUUCCAUUCAGUGAAUUCCUUGGUUUGUCAGAUGCAGAAUCUAUCAUCGUGGGCAGCGAGCAAGAAAAAUGCCAAUUGGUGGUCGACGAAAAACGAUGGCCAGGAAAUGAAGCACGAGUUGGAAGCACUGGAGUAUUCUUAAGCGAAAGAUGUUGGGCGGACAUUGCAAGGGUUGGCGAACGGGUUCUCCCCAGCUACAGCGGAGAUGGCACAGAUGACGACAAAGAUGGUCUGCUCGGGGUUGGUCAAAAAGCCCCAUAUGGAGACUCAAAAGUUCGUCUCCUUAACUCGCCAGAUGUAUCUCCAUUACCUGGCUCCUACAUAUACGGAGAUGAAACCAAGCAGCCAUUCUAUGGGGUUCGUGACAUCGACGGCCGUUCCGAUGCGGGGGCAUCAGCCUUUAAUUCUGGUGACAUGUUCAAGAAUUUGGAAACCCGGGAGCAGAUGGCCGAGAAAGGUAAUGAGAAGAAAAUGGAAGAAGUUGAUGACGUUGUGGUCUCCGGCAGUCGUAAACGGUGGUUGGCAAUCGUUUAUUUGCUUACCUUCUACAUUCCUGAUUUUACUAUCAAAUUAAUUGGACGAAUGAAGCGCAAAGACGUGCGUAUUGCCUGGCGAGAAAAGUUUGCCAUUAACCUCCUUAUUUGGUUUAGUUGUGCGCUUGCUGUCUUCUUCAUUAUCGGCUUUCCCCAGUUAAUUUGCCCGAAACAAUAUGUCUUCUCACCCGAUGAACUCUCAUCUCGCGACGGGAAAAAGAAUGAUGCCUAUAUAGCUAUUCGGGGAGAAGUGUUCGAUUUGGGCGCUUUCAUACCCUCGCACUAUCCGAAAAUCGUUCCACGGAAAUCGUUGGAAAAGUAUGCCGGCCUCGAUGCAACGAAACUAUUCCCUGUGCAAGUUAGCGCUCUUUGUGAUGGCGUUGAUGGCCAGGUCGAUCCAUCUGUACCCCUGGAUUUCAGGUCUACUAAUAGAACGGGCUCUGUCAAAGUUUCACGAGACGAUGAUCCAAAUGCUCAAUACCACGACUUCAGAGCGUUCACUGAUGACUAUAGACCCGAUUGGUAUUGGAAUCAAAUGAGAAUGUUGAGAGCAAACUACAAGAAGGGAUAUGUUGGCUACUCUCCUCAAUAUUUGAAAACACUCGUGGAUAAGGAUCAGGCAAUCGCAGUCCUCGACGGCUAUGUGUACGACUUGACAAACUAUGUCAUAGGCGGCCGUCGCCCGAGGCCACCCCCUGGUCAACAGGCCCCAAAAGACGUCAAUGUCAACUUUAUGGAUCCCCUUGUUGUCAAUCUAUUUCAACAAAGACCCGGCCAGGAUAUCACUGAGGAUUUCAAUCGGCUUCCACUUGGAAAGCGAGAGCAAGCCAUGCGCACCUGCCUGGCCAAUUUAUUUCAGGUUGGGAAGCUGGAUACUAGAAGUUCCGCCCAGUGUCAAUUCGCCCAGUAUUUCAUCCUCGCUAUAUCGCUCCUUUUAGUCACCAUCAUUGGUUUCAAGUUCUUUGCCGCAUUGCAAUUUGGAAAGAAAAAUCUACCUGAAAAUCUUGAUAAAUUUAUUAUUUGUCAAGUUCCAGCAUACACUGAAGAUGAAGAGUCUCUGCGCCGAGCCAUCGACUCAAUGGCUCGAAUGAGGUAUGAUGACAAACGUAAACUCCUUGUUGUCAUCUGCGAUGGCAUGAUUAUCGGACAAGGAAAUGAUCGACCUACGCCCCGGAUCGUCUUGGACAUUCUCGGCGUUUCAGACACUGUGGACCCCGAACCGUUAAGCUUUGAAAGCUUAGGAGAAGGAAUGAAACAACAUAACAUGGGCAAAGUCUACUCCGGAUUAUACGAGGUUCAAGGCCAUAUCGUACCCUUCUUGGUUGUUGUUAAGGUUGGUAAGCCUUCGGAGGUGUCUCGCCCUGGAAACCGUGGCAAGAGAGAUUCGCAAAUGCUCUUAAUGCGUUUCUUAAACCGUAUCCAUUACAACCACCCAAUGAGUCCCCUUGAACUUGAAAUACAUCACCAAAUUCGCAACAUUAUCGGGGUCAACCCCACCUUCUACGAGUUCAUACUUCAAGUAGAUGCAGAUACCAUGGUAGCUCCGGACUCUGCUACUCGAAUGGUUGCAUCGUUCCUUCAGGAUACACGUAUUAUCGGCCUUUGUGGAGAAACAGGACUCAACAAUGCCAAAUCUUCCAUAAUAACAAUGAUCCAGGUUUACGAAUAUUACAUCUCGCACAAUUUGACGAAAGCGUUCGAGAGUCUUUUCGGAUCGGUGACAUGUUUGCCUGGUUGCUUCACAAUGUACCGUAUCAGAGCCGCAGACACAGGAAAACCUCUUUUCGUUAGUCGAGAAGUCGUAGAAGCUUAUGCCGAGAUCCGCGUUGACACUCUACACAUGAAAAAUCUUCUCCAUUUGGGUGAAGAUCGUUAUCUCACCACACUUCUUCUGAAGCACCACCCGAAAUACAAAACCAAAUUCCUCUUCAAUGCACAUGCCUGGACUAUUGCACCUGAUAGUUGGGCUGUGUUCAUGUCUCAGCGCCGGAGAUGGAUUAACUCGACCGUCCACAAUCUCAUAGAACUCAUUCCUCUACAGCAACUUUGUGGGUUCUGUUGUUUCAGCAUGAGGUUCGUUGUCUUUGUCGAUCUUCUGAGUACCGUUAUCCAGCCUGUGACAGUGGCAUAUGUCAUAUAUCUCAUUGUCCUUAUCGCCAUCAACCCAUCGCUGAUUCCAAUCACGGCAUUUAUUUUGCUCGGAGCUAUCUAUGGUCUACAAGCCAUUAUUUUCAUCGUCCGUCGCAAAUGGGAAAUGGUUGGCUGGAUGAUCAUUUAUAUCCUUGCUAUGCCCGUUUUCUCCCUUGGCCUCCCGCUCUAUUCUUUCUGGCACAUGGAUGACUUCACCUGGGGUAACACCCGUAUCGUCACUGGAGAGAAAGGUCGUAAGGUUGUCAUCUCAGACGAGGGUAAAUUUGAUCCCGCAUCCAUACCAAAGAAAAAGUGGGAAGAAUACCAAAUCGAGCUUUGGGAAGCGCAAACCCAACAAGACGAUCGUUCUGAGGUUUCAGGAAUCUCCUAUGGCACUCGGUCCUACCACCCACCGGCGUCUGAAUACGGAUUUGCGGCCUCACGACCUGUUUCUCAAGUCGAGCUUAAUCGCUUUGCCGGGUCCCGGAUGUCCCUCUCUCCUUCGGAGAUGUUGGGUACCGGCCCUGAUAUGGAGAUGGUAGACCUCACGGGACUUCCAAGUGACGAUUCACUGCUUGCAGAGAUCCGUGAUAUCCUUCGUACCGCAGAUUUAAUGACUGUUACGAAGAAGAGUGUCAAGCUGGAGCUUGAACAGAGAUUCAAUAUCAAUCUUGAUGCCAAACGGCAGUAUAUCAAUUCCGCCACCGAAGCCGUUCUUUCAGGGCAACUUUAA